UUAGGUAAUGAAAAACUCCAUAAUCUAACUUCUCAAGGAAGUUAUGAAUUGCUCAUCACGAUGGAGGACUUUUAGAAUGAAAACAGAUAUGCCAAAUAUACCAACUUCAAAAAAGGAGAUGAAAAAACAAAAUUUAAGAUGACAUGUGUGAGAUAUACGGGAGAUGCUGGUGACUCUCUGGCCCACCAUAAUGGUCGAAAAUUCAGUACUGAGGAUCAAAAUAAUGAUGAUCAUUCAGGAUCCUGUACUAAAUGGCAUAAAGGUGGAUGGUAGUACGGAAGAUGUCACACUGCCAAUUCAAACGGUCUUUAUCUCGCUGGGAGUGACUCGGCCAGCACUAUUGGGAUUAACUGGAAGGCUUGGAAAGGCUACAAUUACUCACUGAAAGCAACAACCAUGAUGAUAAGAAGAAAAUGAUUAAAUCUGCUGAAUAAAAGAGAAACGU